AUGGUAUCUCAGGGCAUAAGUAGAUGUGACAAAGCAGUUCCUAAGCCUGCCAAUUCUGCCAAAGGACAAGGGAAGGAUCUAUAUGAAAAACAACAGAUUCAGGGAACAAUCUUCCCAGCUCCAAAUUUUAACCCUGUUAUGGAUGCCCAGAUGCUAGGAGGAGCUCUCCAGGGAAUGGAUUGUGAUAAAGAUAUGCUGAUUGAUAUUCUAACACAGCGCUGCAAUGCACAGAGAUGCAUGAUUGCAGAGGCUUACAGGAACAUGUAUGGCAGGGAUUUGCUUCUGGACCUGAAAGAGGCCCUUUCACAUCACUUCAAGGAAGUUAUGGUCGGCCUGAUGUAUCCACCUGCUUCCUAUGAUGCCCAUGAGCUCUGGCAUGCUAUGAAGGGAGCUGGCACAGAUGAAAACUGCCUAAUUGAUAUAUUAGCCUCAAGAUCAAAUGGAGAGAUCUUCCAGAUGAAAGAAGCCUACCUAAUGCAAUAUGAGAGUGACCUUCUCCAAGACAUUUAUUCUGAGACUUCUGGGCACUUUAGAGAUACACUUAUGAACCUUGCUCAGGGAACCAGGCAAGAAGGAUAUUCAGAUCCUGCGAUGGCUGCUCAGGAUGCUAUGGUCCUGUGGGAAGCAUGCCAGCAAAAGACUGGAGAGCACAAGAACAUGCUGCAGAUGAUUCUGUGCAACAAGAGCUACCAGCAGUUGUGGAUGGUUUUUCAGGAGUUUCAGAAUAUCUCUGGGCAAGACAUAGUGGAUGCCAUUAAUGAAUGUUAUGAUGGAUACUUUCAGGAACUAUUGGUAGCAAUAGUUCUGUGUGUUCGAGACAAAGCUUCUUAUUUUGCAUAUAGACUUUAUAAUGCAAUUCACGAGUUAGGCUUCCAUAACAAAACAAUUAUAAGGAUUCUGAUUGCCAGAAGUGAAAUAGAUCUGAUGAAUAUUAGACAACAGUAUAAAGAGAGAUAUGGGAAAUCACUAUUUCAUGACAUCAAACAUUUUUCUUCCGGACAUUAUGAAAGCGCUUUACUUGCCAUCUGUGCUGGUGAUGCUGAAGAUUAUUAAUUGAAGAAGACAGCAUUGAAAAUUUAAAUAUGUAACCUGCAAAUGUUUUAAUAGGAGAAACACAAGUCAUGCAGGUUAUUUCUCUGUACUCUGUACUUCUCAUUACAAUCUAUAUAAUGUCUUCUCUUUUCUAAAAGUAUAUUAUAAAUAAAUACUACUUUCAGUCCUCAGAA